AGUAGCAGAAGCAGUGCGGAUGAAUUGAGUGGUUGAGUUAUUUUUAAACCUUGCGCCGUCACAGACAUUGGACCAUCGUGUCUCACCCCUGCACUUUCGCUGGCGGUAAUGGAAAUGGGAGUGUAGUGUCGAUCGUAGUCGGCUGCCGGUUUUGUGUUACAGUGAAUCGCGUCCACUUUCAUUCACCUGACUUAGGGGAGUGUGUAGUGCGUAGCUUGUUGUGGUGCUAGCAAAAUCAAAUAAGAAGAUUAAAAAGUGUCUUCAAGUGUGCUACAUUUGUGAUACUUACGACACACAGUACUCUACGCGCUCAAUUAAGGAAACGAUCUGGUUGAUUGCUGUUUAUUUUUAUCCAACCGUGUGAUUAAUUGUGAAUAGAGCGCAUCCUGCAGAGACUUUCAUGUAAACAAAAGAAUAACACGACUAUUUUCGGGUUCUGCAUCAUACGCCUCCCUUCUACCACCGUGAAAACACGUGCCAGCAAACGACCUUGCUGUGGCGUGACUCAUACAAAACAACAGUGUAAUUAGUGUAAUGUUUAGUGUAGAGCACAGAGUCUAGCGAGUGCACGCAGCAGGACGUGAAAGUAAACCACUGACCCACCACAUAUAACACUCUUUGGGGGAGACACCCACAACGCACAUCUCAUCACACAGCAGCUAGCUACAGCAGUGAAGCGAUCCUCAGAGCAGAGUAGAACGUGGAAUACUAUCACCAUCACCACUACCCGACUUCCCUCUACUACAGUCACUCUACACCACUCCGUUUAGCGGCAAACGUACCAUUUACUCCGAUAAAAUGGAUAUUCAAGUACAGGGCGCCCCGCAGUACUACCAGGAACUGCAGCAGCAGCAGCAGCCCCGCGACUACGACGACCCGGACGCGGACGAAGAGGCGGAGAUGGAGGCGGAGCGAGAUUUGGCCGAGGACGCGCAGUGGAAGCGAAUACAGCAAAACACGUUCACGCGCUGGGCCAAUGAGCACCUGAAGAUCAUCAACCAGACAAUUGCCAAUCUCGAGAGCGAUCUCUCCGACGGGCUGAGGCUGAUCGCGCUCAUCGAGGUCCUGUCACAGAAGCGCAUGAGCAAACACAACAAGCGACCAACCUUCCGCAGCCAGAAGCUGGAGAAUGUGUCCGUCGCGCUCAAGUUCCUCGAAGUUGAGGGUAUCAAAAUUGUCAACAUCGAUUCUUCCGACAUUGUAGACUGUAAGCUGAAGCUUAUUAUGGGUCUGAUUUGGACGUUGAUUUUGCACUAUUCCAUCUCGUUGCCGAUGUGGGAGGGCGACGAGAAUGGCGACAAUCUGGCCAACGGCAACGGGGCCUCGCCGAAGCAACGGCUGAUGAACUGGAUACACCGGCUGGUGCCGGAUCUCCCCAUCAACAACUUCACCUCGGACUGGACCAACGGUAAAGCGGUCGGAGCUUUGGUGGAUGCCGUUGCCCCUGGUCUCUGCCCGGACUGGCCAAUGUGGGACCCGAAGGACGCGGUACAGAAUGCGGCCGAAGCCAUGGGUUUGGCAGAUGACUGGUUGAACGUUCGCCAGCUGAUACGACCGGAGGAGAUGGUGAAUCCCAAUAUUGACGAACAGUCCAUGAUGACCUAUUUGUCCCAGUAUCCGAACGCGAAGUUGAAGCCAGGAGCUCCGCUACGUCCCCGCACUAACCAUAGCAGGGUGCGCGCGUAUGGGCCAGGAAUCGAACCGACCGGUCCGACAGUCGGAGCUCCAGCUAAUUUUACCGUCGAAACGUUCUCCGCUGGAAAGGGCAACGUCGAUGUAGCUGUACACAAUCCCAACGGUAACCCGGAAAAGGUGGACUGCCGCUUUAACAACGAUAAAAACCUGACCUACUCCGUUUCGUACAUUCCGAAACUGGAGGGACCGCACAAGGUGUACGUAAAGUUCAACGGCCGCGAUAUCCCCAAGAGUCCCUACGAGGUGCAGGUAGAAAGCCAAGCCGGUGAUGCAUCCAAGGUGACGGCGACUGGUCCGGGCCUGCUUCCGGAUGGCGUUGUAGUCGGCAAGCAAACGUACUUCGACAUCACAACGAAGGACGCCGGCAAGGGUACACCCGAGGUGAUCAUUCUCGAUCCAGCGAACCACAAGACAUCGGUAGCAGCCAAGCUGCGCCAGGUCGGCACGGACCAAUGGCGAUGCGAGUACACGGCCAAGCAGGUGGGACUGCACUCAGUGAACGUGUUCUUCUGCGGCCAACAGAUCCGGGGAAGUCCUUACGGGGUGCGCGUCGCCCCUGUGUGUGAUCCGCGAAAGGUCCGUGCAAGCGGACGGGGUCUACAGCCCGUCGGUGUGCGUGUAAACGACGACGAUGUCACGUUCCGCAUCUUUACCGAGGGCGCUGGCGAAGGCAUCCCAGAGGUAAAGAUAUUUGGCCCGGGAGGGGUGGUACCGGAGCACAGCAUUCGCAAGCUCGAUGCUACCACGUACGAGGCACAAUACAUUCCACUGAAGGAGGGUCGCUACAAGAUACUGGUACUGUACGGUAGCCAGGAAAUCCCAAAGUCCCCGUUCGAGGUGACGGUGGGGCCACAGAAACACACCUCAAUUGUGGCGUACGGCCCAGGGCUGAAGUCCGGCAUGGUCGGUCAGCCGGCCUGUUUUGUUGUUGAGACGAAUGGGGAAACUGGCAACCUGGGAUUCAGCAUUGCCGGACCCUCGCAGGCCGAAAUCGAGUGUCACGACAAUGGGGACGGGUCAGCACUAGUCAAAUAUCAUCCGACCGCGCCUGGCGAGUACGCCGUGCACAUACUUUGCGAUAACGAGGACAUUCCGAAGAGCCCUCACAUCGCCCAGGUGCUCCCGAAGGCGGACGAUUUCCAUCCGGAGCUGGUGAAGGUGAGCGGCCCGGGUGUGGAGAAGAAUGGAGGCGUGAUCGUGGGUAAACCAACGGAAUUCACCGUGGACGCGACGCGAGCCGGUUCGGCACCGCUGGAGGUGAAAAUUAACGACGUUUUCUCCAACACCAUUGCGCACAAGAUCGCCCAAACUGAGAGCGGUAUGAAGAAGAUCACCUACACCGCCCCCUCGGCCGAACCGGUCACGGUAGAGGUGAACUACGGUGGCGUUGCCGUGCCCCACUCACCCUUCCGUGUGAACGUUUCCACUCCACUGGACGCGUCGAAGGUGCAGUUCUUCGGGCCUUGGUUGGAGCCCGGCGUCAAGCCGAACGCGGCCACUCACUUCAACGUGGAUGCCAGGGCUGCCGGUAAUGGACUGCUGGAGGUGAAUCUGGUGCACGAGGAAUCGAAGCAGAAGGUACCGGUACGCAUCAUCGACAACAACGAUAAUACGUACGCGGUGGAGGUAAUUCCACCUCUACCCGGCACCUACUCGACCAACCUGCUGUACGGCGGGCUGAAGGUACCGAUGUCACCGAAAGUCACCGUUGCACCACCGGUCGAUGUGUCAAAGAUAAAGGUGGAUGGGCUGGAGCCGACUGCACCGCUGAACAGCCUGCAACAGUUCCGCGUCAUCACAAAUGGCAUCGGGAAGGCAGAUCUGGCCGUCACUAUCACAAGCCCUUCGGGGAAUCGGGUGAAAGCGCACGUCAUACCGACUGCAGAAGGUUUUCUGGUGAACUUUACCCCGACCCAGCUGGGCGAAUACCUGCUAAGUGUGAGUUUCGGUGGCACUCCUAUUACUCCGCAACCGUUCCGAUUGCAAUGCCUGGUGGGGUCCGAUUCGCGCAAGGUUCAGGCCAGCGGGCCAGGGCUGGUGCGGGGAAUCAUUAACCGGCCGGCCGAGUUCAUGAUUGACACGCGCGGUGCUGGCCAGGGUGGGCUGGGCGUAACGGUCGAAGGUCCCUGCGAAGCGGCAAUCAACUGCCGCGAUAACGGCGAUGGAACGUGCAACGUGGCCUAUCUGCCGACGGAGAUCGGCGACUACACGAUAAACAUCACGUUCAACGAUGACCAUAUCGCCGGUUCGCCAUACCAGGCUAUCAUUGUGCCGGAACCGAACCUCAACAAGAUACGCGUCUCUGGAAUGGGCAUACAGCCACACGGUGUGGUGAUGAACGCUCCCACGGAUUUCCUGGUCGAUAUGAGCAAGGUUGGCAAUGACGUAGACAGGUCCAAGCUAUCGUGCAACAUCUUCGACCCGAGGGGUAACGAAAUACCCAGCAAGCUGGUGCCAAGUGACUCCGCCGAUGACGUGUUCCGCAUCAUGUACACACCUUUCGAGGCCGGGCGGCACACGAUCGAUCUGCUGUACGAUAACGUGCCCGUGCCAGGAUCACCGUUCGUUGUGAAUGUAAAAUCUGGUUGCGAUCCGAGCCGAUGCCGCGCGUACGGCCCAGGCCUGGAAAGUGCAAUGACCGAUAAGAUGGCCACAUUUACGGUCGAAACACGUGGUGCCGGUGCUGGCGGCCUAUCGCUAGCGAUCGAAGGGCCAUCCGAGGCCAAAAUGAGCUGCACCGACAAUCGGGACGGCUCCUGCGACGUGGAGUACAUGCCCACCGAACCGGGCGAGUACGACGUUACGAUUCGCUAUGCAGACAAGCACAUCCCCGGGUCACCAUUCAGAGUCGUCGUAAACGAAUCGACGCGCCCGGAGAAGGUAAAGGUGUACGGACCGGGCAUAGAGCAUGGCCAGGUAUACGACGGACUGCCGGCACAGUUCUUUAUCGAUUGCAGUGGAGCCGGUCCGGGCAAGAUCGCGGUAAAGCUGAGCUCAUCGGAAGGCAAACCGAUCGCAACGCAAGUGCAGGAUAAGGGCGAUGGUGUGUACGGUGUCACGUACGUUCCACCCAAGGAGGGUUCUGUAAUCACGGCGAACGUUUGUUUUGCGGACCAGGACGUCAGCUGCAGUCCGUUCGUAAUGACCGUUGCUCCAGCGCCGAACGACGUCCCGGUGAAGGUGUACGGUGAUGCGACGACAAAAAAAGCUCUGCCCGCGUCUUUACCGGCCAAGUUCCAGAUCGAUGCGCCGAAAACCAAAGCCAAAGAGGACAUCAACGUCAGUAUCAAGGGCCCGGACGGGAAACCUCUGGUACCGAAAAUGGAACAGGAAGCGGACGGAACCUACGGUGUUUCGUUCGUGCCGGAUGAGUGCGGCCCAUACAAUGUCAGUAUUAAGUGCGGUGGAAAGGACGUACUUGGUUCGCCCUUCUUAUUGCAAGCCAUCCCUACUGGAGAGGCUGACAAGUGCAAAAUGGUUCAAGCCGUCCCAGUCAACCAAGAGUACGGGAAGAAGAACCACUUUGCCGUUGAUGCCCGGGAAGCGGGAACUGGUGCAGUGACGUGCAAAAUUGUUUCUCACUCUGAGGCGAGUGACGUGGACAUUGAUAUUAUCGAGAAAGACGGGUUCUUCGAUAUUUUCUAUGUGCUCAAGGACCCUGGAGACUACGAUCUGGAUAUCAAGUUUGGCGGUCAAAACAUCCCGAACGGAACGUUCACUAUCAAGGCUGUUGACAACGUAGAGGAGGAGCAGGUGACCAAAAGUGCUACCAGCUCCAGCAAGACUACUUCAUCGGCUAUCUCCGAAAACCAUAGCUAUCAGCACCAGGAGUCCUACAUCGAGCAGGUCUCUUCGGUGUCCAAAUCUAAACAGUACAUCCAGCAAACCGCUAGUGAAGAAUUCCUUGUCCGCGAACGUCUCGUCAACGGCAAACACGACAGCGUUUCAACGCUCAACAGUGUGCAGCAGUUGUCCGCAUCCACCACCACCACUUCCAACAGCAGCGCAACAAACGGUAACGGAACAACCGAGCACGAUAACCACUUGAACGGGACAACACAGUCGUCGAGCCGCUUCCACGUCUUCAAACUCGACCGCCUAAACACUCCCCAGACCGGUGGUACAGUAACAGCCGAAGUCAAGAUGCCGAGCGGAGAAGUCGAUAAGCCGGUGAUCGAUGACAACCACGACGGUACCGUCUCGAUCCGCUACGAGCCGAAGGAGGAAGGCAUCCACGAGCUCGCGGUCAAGUACAACGGCGAGCACGUGCAGGGCUCCCCGUUCAAAUUCCACGUCGACUCAAUCUCCUCCGGGUACGUGACGGCGUACGGGCCCGGUCUGGUGCAUGGCGUCACCGGUGAGCCAGCGCAGUUCAUCAUCUCCACCAAGGGUGCCGGCGCUGGUGGCCUGCAAAUGGCCGUCGAAGGUCCUAGCAAAGCCGACAUUACCUACCAUGACAACAAGGAUGGUACGGUUUCGGUGUCGUACUUGCCGACCGCCCCCGGCGAGUACAAAAUCUCCGUCCGCUUUGGUGACAAGCAUAUCAAGGGAUCGCCCUACUUCGCGAAGAUCACUGGCGAGGGCCGCAAGCGUAACCAGAUUUCGGUCGGCUCCUGCUCGGAGGUGACGCUGCCCGGUGUGAUCAGCGAUAACGAUCUGCGCUCGCUGAACGCCUCGAUCCAGGCUCCGUCCGGGCUGGAGGAGCCGUGCUUCCUGAAGCGCAUGCCCACCGGCAACAUCGGCAUCUCGUUCACGCCGCGCGAGAUUGGCGAGCACACCGUGUCGGUGAAGCGUUUGGGCAAGCACAUCGCCAACUCACCGUUCAAGGUGAACGUGUGCGAGCGCGAGGUGGGUGACGCGAAAAAGGUGAUCGUGACGGGCAACGCGCUGAAGGAGGGCAAAACGCACCAGGACAACGUGUUCUCGAUCGAUACGCGCAACGCCGGCUACGGUGGGCUGUCGCUCUCGAUCGAGGGCCCGAGUAAGGCGGAGAUCCAGUGCACGGACAAGGACGACGGCACGCUCAACAUCGCGUACAAACCGACCGAGCCGGGCUACUACAUCGUGAACCUCAAGUUCGCCGACCAUCACGUCACCGGAUCGCCGUUCACGGUGAAGGUUUCGGGCGAGGGCACCAACCGGCAGCGCGAGAAGAUCCAGCGCCAGCGGGAGGCCGUGCCGAUCACCGAGGUGGGCAGCCAGUGCAAGCUGACGUUCAAGAUGCCCGGCAUUACGUCGUUCGAUCUGUCCGCCACGGUCACGUCGCCGGGUGGCGUGAGCGAGGAUGCCGAGAUCCAGGAGAUUGAGGAUGGCCUGUACGCGGUGCACUUCAUCCCGAAGGAGCUGGGCGUGCACACGGUUUCGGUCAAGUACAAGCAGAUCCAUAUUCCUGGAUCGCCAUUCCAGUUUACCGUUGGUCCGCUGAAGGAUACCGGCGCGCAUCUGGUCAAGGCCGGCGGUCCGGGUCUGGAGCACGGCGAACAGGGCGUACCGGCCGAGUUUAACGUAUGGACGCGCGAAGCUGGCGGUGGCACUUUGGCCAUCUCCGUGGAGGGCCCCAGCAAGGCAGAGAUCGAGUUCAAGGAUCGCAAGGACGGCUCCUGCGAUGUUUCGUACGUCGUCAGUGAACCAGGUGACUACCGUAUCGGCUUGAAGUUCAACGAUCGCCAUAUUCCGGACUCUCCGUUCAAGGUUUACAUUUCGCCGGCCAUGGGCGAGGCCCACAAGCUAGAGGUGGCUCAGUUCCCGACUGGCUGCGUGCAAGCUGACAAGCCGGCCCAGUUUAUGGUCCGUAAGAACGGUGCCAAGGGAGAGCUUGACGCGAAGGUCGUUGCUCCCUCGAACAACGAGGACGAUUGUUUCAUCCAGCUGAUCGACCAGGAUCAGUACUCGGUGCGGUUCUAUCCGCGCGAGAACGGCAUCCACGCGAUCCACGUCAAGUUCAACGGUGUGCACAUACCCGGCUCGCCGUACCGCAUCAAGGUGGGCAAGGACGACGUCGAUCCGGCGGCCGUGCACGCCUCCGGCAAGGGUCUCGGCGACGUCAAGACGGGCGAGAAGACCGAUCUGAUCAUUGACACGUGCAAUGCCGGCGCCGGCACGCUGGCCGUCACCGUCGACGGUCCGGCCAAGGUGGCGAUGGACUGCACGGAGGUGGAGGAGGGCUACAAGGUGCGGUACACGCCGCUGCUGCCGGGUCACUACUACAUGACGAUCAAGUACAACCAGAUGCACAUCGUUGGAUCACCGUUCAAGAUCAACUGUACCGGCGAGAGUCUCGCCGAGGCAGGCGGACAGGAAACGUCCUCGGUCAUUGUGGAAACCGUGGCGAAGGUAUCGAAGGGUGGCAACCGGACCGGUGUUAUUUUGCCCAUCUUCAAAUCGGACGCCAGCAAAAUCCAGUCGAAGGGCAUGGGUCUCAAGAAGGCGUACAUGGGCAAGCAGAACCAGUUUACGAUCAAUGCCGGCGAUGCGGGCAACAACAUCCUUUUCGUGGGCAUUUACGGACCGAAAGGACCGUGCGAUGAGGUGUUCAUCAAGCACACCGGACGCAACCAGUACACGGUCAACUACCUGGUUCGCGAGCGCGGCGAUUACAUUCUGCUUGUGAAAUGGGGCGAUGACCACAUCCCCGGCUCACCGUUUAAGGUUGAAGUUUAAAGACCGUACAACCGUACAACCUCACAGACGCGCCAUAUCCAACACCACCACUACCACCCCCUCUGCCAAGCGACAUCUAACAUCGGAAGCACUCGCACACGAGGCAACGGUUUCUGCUUCCCCUUUUGCUCCCAUUUUUAUCCACCACCAUGUGCGCGAACAGCAUGGUCACUUGACGUUCUCCUUCACCAUCCCUCCAUCCACCAAUCCCGAUCGUAGCGGCGCCUCACAGACGCACGCGAGCCAUAGGAUGGAUGCCUCUGUCCCCGUAAGUGUCGCGGAGAAUCGCGAGCCCGAAAGCAGUCCUUGCCCCGUGUAUGCUUUUAAAGUAGUGUGGUUAAGUUAAAGAAGCCGCUCUUUUGAUCCAACAUGUUAUCGUUUUAUCGCGUUCUUCUAUCCCAACACUGUUAUACUGCAUCCAUUCGGUUAGGAAGGUCGGUAUUAAGACAUGCAUGAGCGCUUCGAUCGUAAAAUGAAAGCAGAUCGUUGUUUUACGUCCAUUUUAAUUACAACGCUCCCCCCCCCCCACCCCUAUCGCCUCUUUAUCUACACUUACAAUUGUUCAACUGAUUGUUUUUUAUAAGUUUUCCAUCGCACGCUAAUGCGUACCGUUUUUAUGUUACUUGCUAUAAGUAAGAUCCGUUACUUUCAAACAUCAAACAUGCAAGUACGGUCGAAACCGCCAAUCAUCAGGUUAAGUGUUUAUGUUUGUAUUCAUGUUUUAUUUUUUUACAUAUAUACUAUUCGUAUGCGGUAGCGCAUUCACUCAAUCCUUUCCACUAUGCAGCGCUUUGGAUUUUAAUUUAUUACGGUUAUUUUUUCGUGUAUUUUGUUUUUAGUCCCCAUUCGUACCCCAUAAAGCCCACACUCCCUGUGGAAACUAUGAUCACAGUCUAAAUAAGGUUUAAGUAAAAGUUGUCAAAUCGAAACAUUAAAAAGAGACAAAAAAAUAAAUAAAGCGAUUGUGUAAACGAA